UAUAAAUAGGGACCUCGCACUGUAAAUCUUGGGCCACCCCUGUUUUGGCUUUGGUGAAAAGAACUGAUCCCAAGGACCAUUACCUCUCUCUUUUUCUUCCUGUCCAGAACUUAAAUAAAGUGCAGCCAUGCCUUUCGGAAACACCCACAACAACUACAAGUUGAACUUCUCCGCUGAGGAGGAGUUUCCUGACUUGACCAAGCAUAACAACCAUAUGGCCAAGGCUCUGACUCUGGAUAUCUACAAGAAACUGAGGGACAAGCAGACACCCAGCGGCUUCACUCUGGAUGAUGUCAUUCAGACAGGCGUGGACAACCCCGGCCAUCCUUUCAUCAUGACUGUUGGCUGCGUGGCUGGUGAUGAAGAGUCCUAUGACGUUUUCAAGGAUCUGUUUGACCCCGUCAUUCAGGACCGCCACAACGGCUACAAGCCCACCGACAAGCACAAGACUGACAUGAACCAUGAGAACCUGAAGGGAGGAGAACUUGACGGAAACUAUGUUCUCAGCAGCCGUGUACGCACUGGACGCAGCAUCAAGGGAUACACCCUGCCCCCUCACUGCAGCCGUGGAGAGCGCAGAGCCAUUGAGAAACUGUCCAUCGAAGCUCUGAACAGCCUGGAGGGAGAAUUCAAGGGCAAAUACUACCCUCUGAAGGAAAUGACCGAAGCAGAACAGGACCAGCUGAUUAAUGACCACUUCCUGUUUGAUAAGCCCGUGUCUCCUCUUCUGCUGGCUUCUGGCAUGGCUCGUGACUGGCCUGAUGCCAGAGGAAUCUGGCACAAUGACAACAAGACUUUCCUGGUCUGGGUAAAUGAGGAGGAUCAUCUUCGUGUCAUUUCCAUGCAGCUGGGAGGCAACAUGAAGGAGGUGUUUAGACGCUUCUGUGUUGGUCUGCAAAAGAUUGAGGAUAUCUUCAAGAAGCACAACAAAUCUUUUAUGUGGACUGAACAUCUUGGCUACGUCCUUACCUGCCCCUCCAACCUGGGCACUGGCCUGCGUGGUGGUGUACACGUCAAGCUGCCAAACCUGUGCAAACAUGCCAAGUUUGAGGAGGUGCUGACUAGACUGCGUCUGCAGAAACGUGGCACAGGUGGUGUUGACACCGAAGCAAAGGGAGGUGUAUAUGAUGUUUCCAACGCUGACCGUCUGGGCUUCUCCGAGGUGGAGCAGGUGCAGAUGGUGGUUGAUGGUGUCAAGCUGAUGAUUGAGAUGGAGAAGAAACUUGAGAAGAAAGAAGCCAUCGAUGACAUGAUGCCUGCUCAGAAGUAAAGUGACAGCAACAUGUUCUUUGUCUUCUGAAAAAUAAAAGCCACAUACACCUUCCAUCAAAAGACUUUUGCACUCCCCAAAGGCUGAGUUUCUCAGCUCAUCUCAGAACAUCCCUUGUGACUCAGUUCUGCGGGUAAUAUCUUGGGAUCACGCCUUCACACCUUGGGCUAUAUCUUCUAUUUGGGUAUUUUUCACCAGAAAUGAAAACGGUUUGGAUUUUCUGUUGAACUAAACAAUUUGAAUAAAAAAGGCCCCAUAAACAGUU